AUGAAAAUCCUGGUCUUGGUCUUGAUUUGUCUACACCUCUCAGAGGGUGUGGAAAGAAUCAUUCUGAAGAAAGGCAAGUCCAUCCGCCAGGUGAUGGAAGAGCGGGGUGUAUUAGAGACAUUCCUGAAGAACCACCCAAAGGCUGAUCCAGCUGCCAAGUAUCUUUACAAUAAUGAUGCUGUUGCUUAUGAACCCUUCACCAACUACCUGGAUUCCUACUACUUUGGAGAGAUCAGCAUUGGGACACCGCCACAAAAUUUCCUGGUCCUCUUUGACACAGGCUCCUCCAACCUGUGGGUGCCCUCUACCUACUGCCAAAGCCAGGCCUGCUUCAAUCACAACAGGUUCAACCCCAGCAGUUCCUCUACCUACAGAAACAAUGGGCAAACCUAUACACUGUAUUAUGGAAGUGGCAGCCUGACUGUGCUCCUGGGAUAUGACACUGUUAAUGUAAGUGUUUUAUGGGCAUAAUUUAUAUUUCCAGUUCUCUGAUACUCUGGGUGUUCCUCUGAGGAGGCUCCUCUCCCUCGUGCCUUCAGCCUGGUGGAGUCUGAAGAGCAGAUCAGAGGACAAGACCCUUCGUCCUGUGGUUCCUCUCUGCCUGAUCAUGUGUAUUGUGGGAACUCAUGCUCUUCUCCUUGUCUCCAUAGCCAACCAACCUAUCAGUAUGGUGGGGAGCUCAUCCUGGGAGGUGUGGACUCCCAAUUUUAUUUUGGUGAGAUCGUCUGGGCUCCUGUCACCCGGGAAAUGUACUGGCAGAUUGCCAUCGAUGAGUUUCUUAUUGAUAACCAGGCCACUGGCUUGUGCUCCCAGGGCUGCCAGGGGAUCGUGGAUACGGGAACCUUCCCACUGACUGUUCCCCAGCAGUACUUGGACUCCUUUGUGAAGGCAACAGGAGCCCAACAAGAUCAGAAUGGUGAUUAUGUGGUCAACUGCAGCUCCCUACAGAGCAUGCCCACCAUGACCUUUGUCAUCAGCGGGACCCCAUUACCUCUGCCUCCCUCUGCCUAUGUCUUCAAUAAUAAUGGCUACUGCACGCUUGGGAUUGAGGCCACUUACUUGCCCUCCCCCACUGGGCAGCCCCUGUGGAUUCUAGGAGAUGUUUUCCUCAAGGAAUAUUACACUGUCUAUGACAUUGGGAACAGCAGGAUGGGUUUUGCCCUCUCUAAGUAG